AUGGCAUCAAAGACGGUGCAAUCACCGCACAAAGAGCAGUUGACAGAAGAAUCUGAGUUAAUUAUGCAUAAACUCAUAUGCCUGAAAUAUUCAACCAAGUAUGCUGACACAAACAGGAAAUACACCAGCCCAGGUUCACCCGAUCUCCUUCCCAUCGUGGGAGCUAGUAGCCAAGAAGAAGCUGCGAGCAGUGAGAACCUUAGUACCCAUGUAGCUGAAUUUCUUGAAGCAAUUAUAAAUGGGGUAUGUGAUGACCACCCUCCACUCCAAGGAUCGAAACUUAAUGACGAGCUUACAGGCAAAGAACCUCCAAGGAACGACGACCUUGCCAACAAAGAAGUUCAAAGGAACCACGAUCUUGCCAACGAAGACAUUCCGAUGAACGCCGAUUUUGUCAGCCAUGGCGGAGCUCAUUAUACUCGUUACAGAAAUGCAAUGGCAUCCAAUAAGAUGCCAUCCUACCGUUGCCAUGAGUUGACAGAACCAUCGCACUUGCACAACCUCGAGUUCCAACCUUAUUCGAAAGAAUAUUUUGGCACGCUUAAUGACAUGAAGAAAGGCAUUGGUUGUCGCACGACUGAAACUAUUGGGAGCAAGGCAGUUGAUCAUGCGCAUGCAGACCUUGGACCCAAUCAAACUCAUGUUCCCCAGGAACUCGAUGCCACCCAUGCAGAGAUGGGACCAGUCGAUGCUACCUUUGCGAAACAGGAGCAAGAUGCUACAUGUACAUUUGCAAAACAGGAGCAAGAUGCUCCCUCUGCAGACGUUGGGCUCGCCGAUGCUACUCUUGCAGACAUGGGGGAGUUCACCGAUGCUACCAUUGUCGGCAUGGAACUCGCAAAUGCCACCAAUAAAGACAUGCGACCAGUUGACUAUAAGGUGGCCAAGCAAAGGUGGAACAUCUUUAAAAAGAUCAAACGCAGGUUUCGCCGACAAUCAUCAAAUCAUGCUGCUGGCUUUACCCAGAUUGUGAAGCAAGAUGCAUCCUUUGCAGAACAGGAGCAAGAUGCUGCCUCUGCCAACUUUUGGCUCGCCGAUGCUACCAUUGCAGACAUGGAGCUCGCACAUACUACCUUUGCAGACAUGAAACUUGCCAAUACUACCAUUGCAGACGUGGAGCGCGCCAAUCCUUCCCUUGCAGACAUGGAACUUGCAAAUGCUACCAUUGCAGACAUGCGACCAAUUGAUUAUAAGGUGGCCAAGCAAAGGUGGAACAUGUUUAAAAAGAUGAAUCGUAGGUUUCACCGACAAUUGUCAAACCAUGCUGCAGGCCUUACCAAGAUUGAAGAAGAACCUGCUGACAUCGCCAAUGAGAUUGACGACAUAGUUGAGGAAGUAGCAAGCACUGAUGACCCUUGCAUGAUUCAGGAAACAGCAAGCAUUGAUGAACCGGUCAGCCAGGGAGUCAAGGAAAAUAACAAUGAUCAGAAACAGAAGACUGAUAAAAGAAGGUCACCUCUGAAGAAGCUGAAAAGCAGAAUUCGGCGUCUGUUCGAACCUGAUGCUGCUUGUACCAUCAGCACUUUGGAUGACACUGAUAUUUUGAGUGCUAGAUCGUCCACAUACGCAUUGGACAAGCAGAAUGACAUUGAUGGAGACACUCUGUCUACCUUGGAUGAAGCUGUCGUCAUCCUCGAUAGGAUUGAUGUAGCAACUGUUGAAGCACUGAGUGAUGACAACACAGAUAAUAAGAAAAAAGAGAGGUCACGUGGUAAGGGGAGUAAGAUCUGGAAGCGUAUAAAGCGAGCAACGACGUGCUCGUGUCUCCGCUCCCAAACCUCCCAGUAAACCCGCACUACUCCUUCCAAGACUCUAACACCAUGCGGCAGGUGCAGUUCCGUGGAGUCGAAGAUCCCCAUCGAGGUGUGGGCCGGUCUACCAUCGACGGCACCAGCCCUUGAGCAUCUCUGGUCACGAGUGCCACCAAGAGCACUUCUUCUGUGGAGAUGCCUUGGGUGUGGUUGAUGAGGUUGGAAACUGUUCAGAGUUGGAGCUCAGACGGGGCUGACGCAAUCGGGGAGUAAGUAACACCAGACUGGAUUCGUAAAGGAAUGGGAGAAAAACCAAAAAUUUCACGAAAUUCAUUUUUUUUUCUCACUUUUUUUUGCUAUGCUCGAAAUGUGUCAUGUCUAGUAAACUUUAUAGUAGUCUCAACACAGGCCGGAAUUACAUUUGUAGAUUUGUCAUUGAUGAAUCUUCCGAGCUGUGGUGAAGAAUAGCUGUAUUGUUGAAACCUGGAUUCAAACCAGGAGGACGGAAACACGAAGUAGGUGUAGCACCAAAACUCGCACCAGUGACUAACCGUCAGGAAGUUUGCUUACGCGAGUCUUGGGUUUUUUUACGUGUGCCAGUUAAAGGAUUAUUCAAUGGCCACUCUUAAUGGGACUUGGGGCUGGUGGCGGUUACCUUGGGCUCAGAUUUUUUUAUAAAGCAGAAAACCACUUCCUUCGACCAUUUCUUUCAACAUCCUACUCUGGAGUCCAUCCCUGAACGAAGACGCCCAAGAGAUCGAAUGCUUUGUCAGUUUUCCGACUUGAUUCCACGGAAGUCACAGUGUCUGAUGGUGGACCACGCCUGCACCGCACCAAGGCCUGUUUGGCCCGGUCUCGGCUCCGCGGCCCCAACCUAUCGCUUUCGCAGGUCUUAGAGUCAGCGCCAAGGGAGCAACACCAGAAAGAAGCAGCAGAUCGAUAAAACUAACCUCUAAUAUGCAAAACAUCACUUGUCUCUUCUCGACCAGGACAACGACGAACAUUAUCAUCAAAUCCAUCACCGAGUCUCCUUCCAUCAAAAACGGCGAAUGGACCUUUUGAAUUAUUCUGCACUUCUUAUUAAAAUGUUA